AAUCACCAAUCCUAUUCUCCCAUCUCUUCAAUCAACUUCAGGCAAUCCAACGUUCUGUCACGAAACCAUUUGAACAAAUCGCAUUUGUGUCAACAACUCAAUCAUCAUGGCAGCAGAAAUUACCACCACGACUAUCGUCUCGGCACUUCCCCUCCUCUUCGGAGUAACCGGCACGAGCAUUGGAAUCUACAGCUUCGUGUCACCCUACAACGCCAUGCGUCUUUUCGGUCUUCACACCCCAGCUACUGAGAAGACCGCUUCUUCGCAGUCCGAAGCUUUCCAGAAAUCUCUCAUCUACGCGUCUGGACUACGAAACAUCGGCACGGGUCUCAGCACUCUUGGCCUCUAUGCGUUCUGGCAAUUCUCCCCGAUCUGUCAAGUGAGCCCGCUAGCUGCGGCAGUUACGAAAAAAUGCAUGGGAAUCUGCUUCAUGUUUGGUACCCUUGUUGGAGUCGGCGAUGCUGUUGUUGUGCGGCAGUUUGCGAACAAGGAGUAUGUGCAAGGGGAGGCGGAAGAGAAGGCUGCCAAUGCUAGCAUCAGUCAUGGGAUCACGGCAGUAGUCAUCCUGGCGACUGGUCUCUUUUUGUAUUUGUAGGUCAAUGGGUUUGCGUAGUGGUCAAGCCGCAUACGUUGCUGGAACCGGGACUUCACAUCACUCAUGUACAACAUCUCGCCUCAUGUUUCAUUAAUCCUCACCUACAGGCUAUAGCAUAUCGAAAGCAACGAAUCAGGAAAUUGCAAUAAAUCA